AUGUCGCCCUCCGUCGCUGGGCAAAAGACCUAUAGCAUUGCCUCCAUCCCCGCGGACGGUAUUGGGCCCGAGGUUAUCGAGGCCGGCAUUGUCGCAUUGAAUGCUUUGACAGAGACUCUGCAGACUUUCAAGCUCGAGUUCAAGAACUACGAUUGGAGCUCUGAGACCUACAAGCAGACUGGAAAAUACAUUCCCGAUGGCGGCUUAGAUGAGCUGAAGAAGCACGACGCGAUCUUCUUCGGCGCCGUUGGUGCACCCGACGUCCCUGACCAUAUCUCUCUCUGGGGUCUCCGCCUGGCCAUCUGCCAGCCCUUCCAGCAGUACGCCAACGUGCGGCCCACCAGAGUAUUCCGUGGCACAGAGUCGCCGCUGCGCAACUGCAGCAACGGCGAACUCGACUGGGUGAUCGUGCGUGAGAACAGCGAAGGCGAGUACGCCGGCCAGGGCGGCCGCUCCCACGUCGGCAAGCCCUGGGAAGUUGCCACGGACGUCUCCAUUUUCUCGCGCCAUGGCGUUGAGCGCAUUAUGCGGUUCGCUUUCGAGCUUGCGCAGAAGCGGCCCCGGAAGCUUUUGACUGUUGUGACUAAGAGCAAUGCUCAGCGGAACGGCAUGGUUCUGUGGGAUGAGGUUGCUAAGGCUGUUGCGGUUGAUUUCCCGGAUGUGACUGUGGAUAAGAUGCUGGUCGAUGCUAUGACUACUCGGAUGGUGCUGAAGCCUGAGAGCAUUGAUACCAUUGUUGCUUCUAACUUGCACGCUGAUAUUCUCUCGGACCUUGCCGCCGCUCUUGCCGGCUCUAUUGGCAUUGCUCCUACGUCCAACCUGGACCCCACCCGCGAGCACCCCAGUAUGUUCGAGCCUAUUCAUGGCUCUGCAUUUGACAUUACUGGCAAAGGCGUUGCCAACCCAGUGGCGACCUUCUGGACUGCUGCGGAAAUGCUGGCCUGGCUAGGCGAGGAGGAAGCAGCUAAGAAGCUUUUGGACUGCGUGGAGAAUGUCUGCGAACAAGGCGUUCUUACUGCUGACCUUGGCGGCCAAGCUACAACCAAGCAAGUGACUGACGCCGUUGUGGCGGAGAUCAAAAAACUUGGAUCAAAAUAA